AUGGGAGGCGAUCUCAAUACCAAGAAAAGCUGGCAUCCGCAUUUGCGCAAAAAUCAAGAGAGGGUAUGGAAAGAGGAGAAGGCGGCUCUCGAGGAGCGCAAACAGAUCGAAAAGCUUCGCAAGGAGCGCGAGGAAGAGCGACAAAUCGAGGAACUGCAGAAGCUGCAAGAGUCUGCGGGCGGAAGGGUCGCACAAAAGCGCGUUGACUGGAUGUACGGUGGACCCGGCGGCGACGGCGCUGGAGUCACCGAAGAGCGUGAGGGCUACCUACUCGGCAAGCGCAGGAUCGACGGCCUGUUGAAGGGCGACACACAGAACUUACAGAAGGGCGCUACUGUCGGCAUCGACGCGCUCAGCAACGCGAACGCUAACUCAGCGAGAGACACACAGAAGAAGGUGUUGGAGGAUCCGCUGCUUAUGAUUCAAAAGCAGAAGAUGGAGAUGCAGCUCAAGAUGGCGAGGGAUGCACAGAAGCAGCAGAAGUACGAGGAGAAGCGGGCAAAGGAGAAGGAGCGCGAGAGGAAGCACAAGCAUCGACAUCACCACAGCCGACGAGAUCGGUCGCGGUCACCAUCCGAUGACUACGACUCUCGAGAUAGGAGAGAUCGUCGGCAUCGACGAGAGGAUCGAUAUGAGCGAGAUGGCCGGGACGACCGGGACGACUACCGCCGAAGAUCGCGCUCGCGCUCCCCUUACCGAAAAAACCAUCACGAUGAGCAACGGCCUCGGCCCCCCUCGGAUGAGGACCGGCAGCGUCGCCCUCGCUCACCUCCAACCGAGGACAAGGCCGAAGCUAAGGAGAGCGCGGCUGAGCGUCUCGCUAGGAUGCAAGCGGAUGCUUCAUCUCUGGAGGAGCAGCGCAUCCAGCGCGUCCGUCUGCGGGAGGCUGAGGAUGCAGUGGAGGAAGAGAAGCACAAGAAGAACAAGGAUGGCGGCCACCGGUUCAUCUCCAGCGUCCGCGGCAAGGCUGCCAACAUGGAUCUAGGCGAUGCGAUUGCAAGAGGCCGACAGGGUUUCAGGAGGCAGGUGGAUGUCUGA